CCCAUCUUUACCACGAAAUCGCCCGCCCACCUUCCGGAUGAAUGCGCAACUAACCCUCAGCUAACAAUCGCUAUCCACGUAACCCGACGAGCACAUAGAAAGCAACGCGCUUCCCGAAUCUCGACGCGACAAUCGAAUGGCUACACUUUCUCCCACGCCCUCAUAUGGGCGCAUGCGUGCGCAUUCCUCGAUACGGCCCAGGAGAGACUCUCCGCUAUCCGUACUGGGGCAGUCGCAGGGUUUCUCGGCGGAUGCGCCCAUGAUGCAGAACAUCAACAUUGGCGACAGCUCCGAUGACGAGAUACCACAACCUAUGAAGCUCAGCGCUUUGACAACGGCACUUCUUGCGCAGGGAAGUGAUGUCGAUUCGCCUGAGAAGAGGAAACCCAAGCUGAAGAUAUCGCGCAAUGCUUCUGGCUCCAACACGCCAGUGCAAGAUACCGUCACACCUGCACCAAGUUUGCGAAUAAAGCGAGUGCCAUUACGGGGUGCGCCGAUGAGACGGUUUCGAAGGACGCCUCAGAGUGAGGAGGAGCACCAUCCCUCUCAAGACCAAGAGAACAUGCCCAUCUCAGCGGUCAAGACGCAGCCUGAGAACGUCCCCGAUUCCGUCCUGAAAGUUACCGGCUCUGUCAUGAAGGUUGCAGAGGAUCGCCAUAUGCAGCCUGCACCAGAGCACCAGUCGCCGAUACAACGAUCUUCGCAGCAACAAGAAAAGCAGAUGCCGCUCCAGGCGCUAAGUGCGAACACUCCACGACGACCAGCACCUCCUCCGCCGCCGAAGAUGUCAGUGUUGGAGACGGCGACUACUGCUGCUGGAGCAGCCACAACAAAGACGAGAGAAAGGAAGAAGAGGAGCACACUAUCAGUCAAUGGAAAGCACUAUUCGCAAAUGGACAGGAUAGGAAGAGGCGGCAGUUCAGCCGUGUACCGUGUCAUGGCAGAGAAUUUCAAGCUUCUGGCACUGAAGAGGGUCAAGCUUGAGGAUGCAGAUGAAGCUACUGUACGGGGCUUCAAGGGCGAGAUCGACCUCCUACAGAAGCUCAAGAACGUUGAUCGCGUUGUGAGAUUGUACGACUGGGAGGUCGAUGAGCAACGUCAAGUGCUGAGUGUGCUCAUGGAACUCGGAGAGUCGGAUCUCGCGCGAAUAAUACGAAUGAAACUCGAUCCCGCCGAUGGAGACGGCAAACUAGACCUGAGCUUCACACGCUACUACUGGAAAGAAAUGCUCGAAUGCGUCGGCGCAGUCCACGACCACGACAUUGUCCACUCUGACCUGAAACCCGCAAACUUCCUUCUCACCUCUGGCCGCUUGAAGCUCAUCGACUUUGGCAUCGCAAACGCCAUCGAAGUCGACCACACUGUAAACGUGCACCGUGACUCGCACAUCGGCACCCCAAACUACAUGUCACCAGAGUCGCUCGAAGACUCCGCCGGCGGUGCCCGAGGCCUGCUCUCCAAUGGCAACGGCUCUAAAGACAUGGCGCUCGGCAAGCCCUCCGACGUCUGGAGUUUAGGCUGCAUCCUCUACCAAAUGGUCUACGGUCGCCCUCCCUUCGCACACAUUACCAACCAAAUGGCGCGCGUCCUCGCCAUUGUAAACCGCGACUACAAAAUUGAAAUCCCCGACCUCGGCGUCGGCGAUGUUCGCGUCCCUCCCGGCCUCAAAGCUACGCUUCGCCGCUGCUUGCAACGCGAUGCCUCGCGCCGACCCAACGUUGCACAGCUUCUAGACGAAAGAGAUCCUUUCCUCUACCCCGACGGCGGAGAUGACCUGAAAAUACCACAGGAGCUGCUCGGUCAAAUCAUCCAACGAGUCGCAGAUCGGUUUAGAGAUCCGAAUAAGAGCCCGCCUACCGACGAUGAGAUUCGUCAGUAUCCGGCGAGUUUCUACGAGAAGAUUAGACAGUUGCUGGAGAGCGACUGAUCUUUGUCUUUCUCUCUUUGUUGUACUUUUGUCUAUUCUUGGUGCUCCGUCUUCGGGGUAUUGACAUGUACAUACACGUCUUAUUUUCUUUGUCUCUUUUCCCAUCAUCAUCAUCAUCAUGACGACUUGGCGCCCGGGUUUCCUUGCUAUUUCCAUCUUGGGUUGUUUGUUCUUGCUGCUGUCAGCAGCUACAUUCUUACUACCCACCUCUUUCGCGCGAAAUCGCCGCUUCUGGAGCGUUCAAGCGUCGCCCUCUUUGACGGGGUGUUUUAUUUGUUUGGAAAAGGCGCAUUGUCUCUUUUUGGAUGAACUCAUGAAUGGCGGUCUCACUCUAGUCGCAUACGGUUUCCUUGGUUCGUUGUAUAUACCCGUGUUGGAGAGUUGGGGAAAUCGAUUCUUUUAAUCGUUCA